AGGCUUCCUGGAGCACUGCUGGGGGCGGGGGGUGCUUCUCUCCACCUCUCAUUGCUGUUUCUGUGUCCUGCAGGAGAUGGCCAAUUCUGUUUAUCUGGUCAUGGAGUACUGUAACGGUGGGGACCUAGCUGACUACCUGCACACCAUGCGGACGCUGAGCGAGGACACCAUCCGGCUCUUCCUGCAGCAGAUCGCGGGCGCCAUGCACUUGCUGCACAGCAAGGGCAUCAUCCACCGUGACCUGAAGCCCCAGAACAUCCUGCUGUCCAACCCCGGGGGGCGCCGCGCCAACCCCAACAGCAUCCGCGUCAAGAUCGCCGACUUCGGCUUCGCUCGGUACCUGCAGAGCAACAUGAUGGCGGCCACGCUCUGCGGCUCGCCCAUGUACAUGGCCCCCGAGGUCAUCAUGUCGCAGCAUUACGACGGGAAGGCAGACCUGUGGAGCAUCGGCACCAUCGUUUACCAGUGCCUGACGGGGAAGGCGCCCUUCCAGGCCAGCAGCCCCCAGGACCUUCGCCUCUUCUAUGAGAGGAACAAGACACUGGUACCCGCCAUCCCCAGGGAGACGUCGGCCCCGCUGAGACAGCUGCUGCUGGCCCUGCUGCAGCGGAACCACAAGGACCGCAUGGACUUCGACGAGUUCUUCCGGCACCCUUUCCUCGAUGCCAGCGCCACCGUGAAGAAGUCCCCCCCCGUGCCUGUGCCCUCGUACCCGAGCUCGGGGUCCGGCAGCAGCUCCAGCAGCAGCUCUACCUCGCACUUGGCCUCCCCUCCGUCCCUGGGAGAGAUGCAGCAGCAGCUCCAGAAGACGCUGACUUCCCCGGCCGACGCUGCCGGCUUCCUGCAGGGCUCCCGGGGCUCCGGCGGCAGCAGCAAGGACUCGUCCUGCGACACGGAUGACUUCGUCAUGGUCCCGGCCCAGUUUCCAGGUGACCUGGUGGCCGAGGCGGCCGGUGCCAAGCCCCCCCCGGACAGUCUGAUGUGUAGCGGGAGCUCACUGGUGGCCUCCGCUGGCCUGGAGAGCCGUGGCCGGACCCCAUCUCCUUCCCCACCCUGCAGCAGUUCUCCCAGCCCCUCAGGGUGAGCAGGGGCUGGGGUGGGACAGGGCUGUGC